AUCAGUAGCACGAAAACAGUAGAUAAUGACUCACAUAUGAAGCUGUAAAUACUGUGUGUAAAACUCUGAUAAAGGGAAGAACACAGUACAAAUGCUGAUGUCAUUCAGUAAUAGUGUACAUUACGGACAAUUAAAUAUAAAAAGAAGAAUCAUGAAUGCUCAGUUGUAAGAAAAGGGAAAAUAACAAAAACAGCUGUUGUCAACAUCAGAUCGUCAACCACCGUGCCUGAAACCACGUUCAAAGAAGCCCAGCAAUAUGGAUGAGCGUGUGGAGAGAAUAAAGAAUAAGAUCACUGCCUACCCAGAUUUUCCGAAACCUGGCAUUCUCUUCAGAGACAUCUUUUCAGUCCUCCAGACUCCUCUUGUAUUCCAUGAUUUGAUGGCAGUUCUUGAAGAAAAGGUCAAGUCAGUCUGCCCUGACGUAGAUAUCAUCAUGGGCCUGGAUUCAAGAGGGUUCUUGUUUGGUGCUCCACUAGCUCUUUCCCUGAACAAGCCAUUUGUACCGGUAAGGAAGAGGGGGAAAUUGCCCGGAGAAUUGAAGCAAGUAUCUUACACCUUGGAGUAUGGAACGGAUGUCUUUGAGGCACAAGCAUCUAGCAUUAAGCAAGGUCAGAAAGUGGUGAUUGUUGAUGACCUUCUUGCAACAGGAGGUUCAAUGAAAGCUGCCUCUGAAUUAGUGAAGGAAAUGGGGGGCGUUGUUGCACUGUGCCUUGUAUGCAUUGAGCUUGCAGAUUUGAAAGGUAGAGACAAACUGAAAGAUCCAUGUGAGUCUAUUGUGAAGUACUAAGGUUUUUAUCUGAGAUCCACAUUAGAAAGUACUUGGCUAGACCAAGAAUUUUUAGAGUAUUUAGAUUACUAGCAAAGUUGCUAAAAGUUUAAUAUUGAUCAUUAUUUAGAGAAAAUGUUACAUGGGAAAGGUUACAUAUAUUGUUAAAUAUGAAUAUACAAAAUUACACUUUGUCACAGAUCCUCUACAAGCAACGAAAGCUGCUUUUUCUUUUGAAAUAUUUAAUUUGCGAAGUUUGAUAUGCAUAGUUUGAACAAGUGUGGAAGGAAAAUACCGACCAUAUGUGUUCUUAAUUCAAGGUGUACUUUAAAUUGAAUUGAUCAAAGUUCAGGUAAUACAAUCUUGCACCGUUUAAAUUGAAGCACAGGUCUAGUCUCAGGUGUCUGUUUUUAAGACAGAUUUCUUAAAAAAAAACUUUUGAACAACACAUGUACAACAGUUUAUACAUUACUUUUGAUAAAAAGUAGUAUAGGUUGUAUAUCAAUUUGUAUGAAUUUGUUUUGAUUUAUGAAUUCAACUCUCACUUGAUUGCUUAAAUGGAUUUAGCUUAAUACAGAGCUUGUAUAAUUAUAUAAUUCUGCUCUUUCAUGCCAUUGUCAUUCAGUGUCCACUGUGACUUUUUAUUAUUGUUAGUGUUGUUAUUAUUAUAAUUUUAUUAUUA